AUGAGCCUGGUUGAUAAAGCUAUAGAAUCAUCUUUGGAAACUCAAACUGAAAGUUCAAUCUUUAGUGAUGCUUCAAGUUCUCAUGUUAGUGAAUCUGAUGUUGAAACAUUAGAUCAAAUUUUAGGGAAAUUACCAAUUAGACUUGAUACUAAAAAAACUAAAGUUCUUGAUAUUGAUUUACAAACUAAAGAUAAUAAAGUUGCUAGAGAUCCAAGAUUAUUACGUCUUACCGGGUCCCAUCCUUUCAAUUGUGAAGCUCCUUUAACUGAUUUAUUUAAUGAUGGUUUUAUAACUUCAUCAGAUUUACAUUUUGUUAGAAAUCAUGGUCCAGUACCACAUGUUGAAGAUGAAGGAGUACUUGGUUGGAAUUUUUCAGUUUCUGGUGAUGUUAGUUCACCUUUUGAAAUGAAUAUUGGUGCUAUGAUUAAAGAAUUCCCUCAAUAUACAAAUCCUAUUACUAUAUGUUGUGCUGGUAAUAGACGUAAAGAACAAAAUCAAGUUAAAAAGGGUAAAGGUUUCAAUUGGGGUGCAGCUGGUGUUUCAACUUCAUUAUGGACCGGUUGUUUCCUUUGGGAUGUUAUACAAAGGGCUAACCCUUCUAAAAAAGCUCGUUAUCUUUGGAUGGAAGGUGGUGAUGAUCCUGCUAAAGGUGCUUAUGGUACUUGUAUCCCAUUACAUAUGGUUCGUGAUCCUGAAAGAAAUAUUAUGCUUGCUUAUAAACAAAAUGGUAUUUAUUUAGAACCUGAUCAUGGUAAACCAUUAAGAUGUGUUAUUCCAGGUGUUAUUGGUGGUAGAUCUGUUAAAUGGUUGAAAAGAUUAAUUGUUUCUGAAAUUCCAAGUGAUAAUUGGUAUCAUUUUUAUGAUAAUAGAGUUUUACCAACAAUGGUUACACCUGAAAUGGCUGCAACUCAAGAUCAUUGGUGGAAAGAUGAAAGAUAUGCAAUUUAUGAUUUAAAUUUACAAAGUAUAACUGUUUUCCCUGAGAAUGAAGAAAGAAUGAUUAUAAAUGAUUCUACACAAAAUGAUUUAUAUAAAGUUAAAGGUUUUGCAUAUAAUGGUGGUGGUAAAAGAGUUGGUCGUGUUGAAGUUUCUUUAGAUUCUGGUAAAAAUUGGAAACUUUGUAAUUUAAACUAUCCAGAAGAUAAAUUUCGUGAUGCUGGUUAUAUUGAAUUAUUUGGUGGUACAAUAAAUGUUUGUGAAAGAAUGUCAUGUCUUUGUUGGUGUUUUUGGGAUAUCGAAAUUCCAAAAUCUGAAUUUAAAGAUUCAACUGGUUUAGUUGUUAGAGCUAUGGAUAUUUCAAUGACUGUUCAACCAAGAACAAUGUAUUGGAAUGUAACAUCAAUGUUAAAUAAUUGGUGGUAUAGAGUGGCAAUUCAACCAGGUUCCUCACCAGAUGAAAUUAAAUUUGAACAUCCAACAAUUGCUAAUAAACCAGGUGGUUGGAUGGAUAGAGUUAAAAAAGAUGGUGGUGAUAUUUUAUCAAAUACAUGGGGUGAAAGAGUUAUUGGUGGUGAAGAAGAAGAACGUAAAGAAUAUGUUGAUGAAGAAUUACAAAUGAUUUUAAAUCCUGAAAAAGUUAAUACAAUAAUCACUAAGGAAGAAUUAAGUCAACAUGAAAAUGAUGAAGAUCCUUGGUUUGUUGUUAAAGGUCAUGUUUUCACAGGUACUCCAUUUUUAGAAGAACAUCCUGGUGGUGCACAAUCAAUCACUAUGGUUGCAGGUGAUGAUGCAACAGAUGAUUUUAUGGCUAUUCAUUCAGAUAAUUCCAAGAGAAUGUUACAAAAAUUCCAUAUAGGUAAAUUAGAAGUUAGUGAUGAUAAAAAAUUUGUGGAAAAUACAAAUAAAGUUAUUGAAAAAACUGCAACUUUAUUAAAUCCAAAAAUAUGGAAAAAGAUUAAAUUAGUUGAAAAAGAGAUUAUUUCUCAUGAUUCAAGAAUUUUCCAUUUUGCAUUAGAACAUGAAGAACAAACAACUGGAUUACCAGUUGGUAAACAUUUUUUCAUUAGAUCAAAAGAUUCAAAUGGUACAUUAGUUAUGAGAGCUUAUACACCUAAAUCAAAUCAUAAAUUAAAAGGUAAAUUAGAAGUUCUUGUUAAGAUUUAUUUCCCUAAAGAUGGUAUACCUGGUGGUAAAAUGACUACAAUUUUAGAAAGUAUGUCAAUUGGAUCAGAAAUUGAAAUUAAAGGACCAACAGGUGAAUUUGAAUAUAUAAGUAAUGGUAAUUAUACAUUUAAUAAUAAACCAGGACAUGUUGAUUCAUUUUUCAUGAUUGCAGGUGGAUCAGGUAUAACUCCAUGUUAUCAAGUUAUUAAAGAAAUUGUUGAUCAAGAAGAAGAUAAUACUAAAAUGAAGAUGUUUUAUGGUAAUAGAAAAGAAGAAGAUAUAUUAUGUAGAAAAGAUUUAGAAGAUUUUAUUGCUACAAAAAAUUCAAAUUUAAUUGUUGAUCAUUGUUUAUCAGAUUUCCAUAAUGUACCAAAAAAUUGGGAUGGAUUAACUGGACGUUUAAAUAAAUUAUUAUGGAAUCAAUAUAUUGAAGAACAAAAAUCAUAUGGUGAAUUUUUGGUUUUAGUUUGUGGACCACCUGGUAUGGUUGAAGGUGUUAAGAAACUUGUUGCAGAAACUGGAUUUGAUGCAUCAAGAGUUGUAUAUUUCUAG